AUGGAAGCCCUGAGACUGGUGGACUGUUGGAGGACACUUCACCCCACGGUGAAAGACUUUACCUACUACUCCGCCAUUCACAAUCGUUAUUCCCGUAUAGAUUACAUCCUCAUUGCACAGGAGGGCCUUUCCCACCUACGCGGAGCAGAGAUCGAAAGGGCCACCUGGUCGGACCAUGGAUCGGUCGGGAUAGAAUUGGAAUCACCCCUGUACAGACCGAGGACGUGGACCUGGAGACUUAAUGAAGCCCUACUGCUUGACCCGGGCACCAAGGACCAGAUCCGACAAGCAUUGGAACAAUACUUCGGAGAGAAUGAUACCCCGGAGGCUUCUCCGAUUUCUGUAUGGGAAGCUCACAAAAGUGUGCUUCGUGGCACUCUCAUACGCAUUGCCUCCCAGAAGCGGAAGGCAUUUAUGCUAGAAAUGGUCGACUUAUAUCGAUCUAUAUCGACUCUGGAACGCCAACACAAACGCUCCCAGCUAAACGCAGUCUACGGAGAAUUAAUGGAGCACAGGAGACGACUUAAAGAUCUCAUUUUGAAAAGACAUCUCCGAUCUGUACAACGCUCGUAG